GACAAACGCCUUAUCCGCAUUCAACAGCUCAGCUCCUCUUCCCGCUUCCUUUGGUCCUGAAACUAUGUCAAUGUCUCUGCACCAUGCUUACCCCUAUCUCUCUGCCUUCAAAUCGACUUCCUCAACCCCAAUUCGCCCCAAGUCAAGCCGACUCGGUGCUAACUCAGUCAGGUGCUGCGUCGCAGCAACCAAGUCCCGGCAAGUCACGGUCAAGAACGGGAACGAUUCGCUGGACAUUUGCCGAGUACUAAAUGGGAUGUGGCAAACUAGUGGCGGGUGGGGGCGUAUUGACCGCGAUGACGCGGUCGAGGCUAUGCUCAAAUACGCCGACGCCGGCCUCACCACCUUCGACAUGGCCGACCACUAUGGACCUGCUGAAGAUCUUUUUGGCAUUUUCAUCAAUCGUGUUCGCCGAGAACGCCCACCAGAGCUCUUGGAUCAGAUUAGAGGUCUUACCAAGUGGGUGCCUCCACCAGUUAAGAUGACAAGUAGCUUCGUCAGGGAGAGCAUCAAUGUUUCACGAAAGAGAAUGGAUGUAUCUUCCUUGGACAUGCUUCAGUUUCAUUGGUGGGACUAUUCCAAUCCCGGUUACCUUGAUGCUCUUAAAAACCUCACAGACCUAAAAGAAGAAGGUAAAAUUAAGACUGUUGCUCUGACAAAUUUCGACACGGAAAGAUUACAAAUAAUUCUGGAAAAUGAAAUCCCUGUUGUCAGCAAUCAGGUGCAGCAUUCAAUCAUUGACAUGCGUCCUCAGCAGAAAAUGGCAGAGCUCUGUCAACUCACAGGAGUUAAACUUAUAACGUAUGGGACAGUAAUGGGUGGGCUGCUAUCUGAAAAAUUCCUUGACACCAACUUAGCCAUUCCUUUUGCUGGGCCCCCAUUAAAUACUCCAUCUCUCCAGAAAUACAAAAGGAUGGUGGAUGCUUGGGGAGGAUGGAGUCAAUUUCAAGUUUUGCUGCAGACACUUAAAAAGAUAGCUUCUAAACAUGGUGUCUCAAUUCCAACUGUUGCUGUGAGAUACGUACUAGAUCAGCCAGCAGUGGCGGGAUCAAUGAUAGGUGUUCGUCUUGGUUUGUCAGAACAUAUCAAUGAUGCUAAUGCUGUGUUUUCACUUGUUCUUGAUGAGGAGGAUGUAAAUAACAUACAAGAAGUUUCCAAGAAAGGGAAAGACCUAAUGAAAGUGAUUGGGGACUGCGGAGAUGAGUAUAGGCGCGCAUGAACUGAGCAUCCAUAAAUUUUGUUGUUAUCCUUAUAUAUAUAAUUUUUGUGUGUAAUGUAGUUAAUUCUUCAUUUGAAGAUGUUCUAAGAUAGUUGUUGAAAUUUUACUCUAUGAUUGAACUUCAUUAGAAGACGAGUGCAUAUCAAUACAUUUAUUAUUUCAGAAACUAGAACACUGAUUUCUUCGACAUAGUGAGAGCUUUGAACUCAAACCUAUAGAAUGUUGUAAAUUCUAAGCUUUGUAUGUUACCUUUCUCUAAUUAUAUUUAUUGUCUUUGUGUA